CGAGAGGGAAGAGAGGCCGGAGGUGGUCGGCUCGGCUGCUCCUGCUCCACUCCACAGUCUCCACUUCACUCCACAGUCUCCACUUCACUCCAAACUCGACGCAGGGCACGCUGGGAGCCAUUCUUCUCACUCUCUGCAGCCAGCCAGUCAGUUACGCGUAGCGCUCUCCAAGAAAACCGCCUCCGUCCGCUUCCUCCUCCUCCGAACCCCCACACGCUUAGCUUAAUGCCAACCAAACUAAGCAUUUACGAGUACUCCUAAUCACCAGCGGCAGCAGAGAAGCAAAGCCAGGGGAGGACGACGCUGAGGAGGAGGAGGAGGAGGCACUGCGCGUGCGUACUAUGAAGGGCCACCACUUGGCUUCGGCUCCGGCGGCCAAGCGCCGGUGCUCCGGCAUGGCGGCAGCCGUGCCGGCGCUCGUCCUCUGCUCCGUCCUCCUCCCGCUCGCCUUCCUCCUCGGCCUCCACCGCACCGGGUACGGAUCGGAGGAGCGCGCUGCCGUCGUCAUCAGCACCGAGCUGGGCAUCGGGAAGCACAAGCAUCUGGAUGGUGGGGGCUUGACGAAGCACAAGCUGCUCAAGGAUGUUUCCAAGAACGAGAUUUCAGGCAAGAAACCAAGUAGAUCAAAGUCAAGGAAUCUUUCUGCCAAGUCGAAAUCAAAGCUCAAGGGUGAGCUACAAAAUGACACCACUAAAAGUAGAGGACCUCAUACACAGAGAAGGUACCAGCUAAAGGACUUGUCAUUGAGAUCAAUGGAUACUACUGUUGGUGUGGAGGAGAACCAAGGUCAGGAAGUAGCAAAUGAGGAGAAUCCCAAGUCCUGUGAGCUUGAAUAUGGAAGCUACUGCCUCUGGUCUGUUGAGCACAAGGAAGUGAUGAAAGAUGCUAUUGUGAAGAGGCUUAAAGACCAACUUUUUAUGGCAAGAGCUCAUUAUCCAAGUAUAGCAAAAUUGAAGCACCAAGAAAGAUUUACACGGGAACUAAAGCAAAAUAUUCAAGAACAUGAGCGCAUGCUCAGUGACACCAUUUCAGAUGCUGAUCUUCCACGAUUUUUUGCAAAGAAGCUAGAGAAAAUGGAGCACACGAUUGAAAGAGCCAAGUCUUGUGAAGUAGGUUGCUCCAAUGUUGAACGGAAACUUAGGCAACUACUAGAUAUAACUGAAGAUGAGGCUUAUUUUCAUACAAGGCAGAGUGCAUUUCUCUAUCAUCUCGGGGCGCAGACUAUGCCGAAAACUCACCAUUGCCUGAACAUGAGAUUGACACUAGAGUUUUUUAAAUCCACAUCUAUUCAGAAGGACCAGUUAAGUACGCAGAGACUUGAAGACCCUGCCUUCCAUCACUAUGUAAUGUUUACCAGGAAUGUACUUGCAGCUUCAACGACUAUUAACUCAACUGUCAUGAACUCCAAGGAUUCUGGUAGUGUUGUUUUCCAUCUGUUCACUGAUGUGCAGAAUUUUUAUGCGAUGAAGCAUUGGUUUGACAGAAAUUCAUAUCUGGAGGCUAUUGUUCAUGUAAGUAACAUUGAGGAUCACCAGAAGCUCUCCAAGGGUGUUGAAUCUAUUGAGAUGCAACAGUUAUGGCCUACAGAGGAAUUUCGUGUCACAUUUCGUAAUCACUCGCAACCUUUCCAGAGGCAGAUGAAAACUGAGUACAUCUCUGUUUUUGGCCAUUCACAUUUCUUCCUGCCUGAUCUUCUUCCUAGCUUGAAUAGGGUAGUUGUUCUAGAUGACGAUGUGAUUGUCCAGAAAGACUUGUCAUCUCUGUGGAAGCUCAAUAUGGGAGAUAAAGUGAUAGGUGCUGUACAGUUCUGUGGAGUUAGAUUAGGUCAGUUGAAAGCUUAUACAGAGGAACACAAUUUCGACACUGAUUCAUGUGUGUGGUUCUCUGGUCUGAAUGUCAUUGAAUUAGAAAAAUGGAGGGAUCUCGGCGUUGCUAGCUUGCACGAUCAAUUUCUCCAAAAGUUACAGAAGGACAGUCUGGUAUCACAUCGACUUAAAGCUCUCCCUAGAGGUUUACUUGCCUUUCAAGAUCUGAUAUAUCCUUUGAAAGAUUCGUGGGUUCAAUCAGGUCUUGGAUAUGAUUAUGGAAUUACUCGUAGUGAUAUAGAAAAGGCAGCUACUGUGCACUACAAUGGUGUCAUGAAACCUUGGCUUGAUCUGGGGAUUCAUGAAUAUGAGAGCUACUGGAGGAAGUAUAUGACCAACGGGGAGAGAUUCAUGACAGAAUGCAAUAUACAUUAAUAGCAGUGACAUGAAAUGCAACACACACUGCAUAUGUGGGGAUCUGAAGCGGCAGACAUCACGAACUUGCUUGAAAAAAAUGGAUUGCGAGAAGAAACUGGAUGCAGACUUUAUGAUAAAUCUACACCUCCGCGUCAAUUCCAGGCAGAAUGCUUCCUGCCAAAAAAAUUAUCAGUUUUACAGCUUGGAGGUCAGAAGCACAGUAGCAUGAAACCAAUUUGUUAUAGAGUCAGAUGAGUAUCUUCAUUUUCAGUCUGGGAAUUGCAAAAGUGCAGUUCCUUGCUGACCAUUUUUUGUAUAAAUUCUUUUGUGCUACUCUUUUUGCCCAUUGUGCAAGAGCUACACCGAGGGACACCAAUGUUGGCUGCGGCACGGCGUGUACAGACAAUAAAUGCCUCAGCCUGCAAGAAUUUGCAUAUCAUUCUUCGCCGCAAGGAUGGCAAUUGUUAUUCUGGGAUGUUUAUCUCCAUUGAUGACAUGAUAAAUGGAUAUCUGUUUGGCGAUGUCGUGUAUCUUAACAUUAUGGGAAACAUUAUCUCUAUGUUGUGCAUUCCCAAUCUGUUAUGUAAGAGAAAUUUAAGAACUCA